AGUGCCAGGAGAACACGGACAUUUGUGGAAAUUAUUCUUUCUGUACCAACACAAUUGGAAGUUACAAAUGUAAUUGUCAAAAAGGAUUCAAGUCUAAGUCUGGGAAGGAGACAUUUGUGAAUGCAAGCUCUGAUGGUUGUAUUGACAGAGGGAUGUUAAAUCGACUGUGCAAGGCGAAGUAGAAGAUGUGAACCACUCAGCUCAUUGUAUCUCAUCCAGAGAAAAAGUUCCUGACAAGACUACUAUUGAUAUUGUGCUUCCAUCUGCUUCUUGUAAUACCUCAUCUGGAGGAGUGACCCCAGAUAAAGAGCCUAUUGUUUCAGAAGCUGUUCCUAAUGUAUGAAGGAAGAUGUAUGCAUCUGCUGCAUCCUUAACUUUGGCAGUUUUUCCGAGCCUUCCAGUUCCAUUGAAAGAGGAAAGAACUUUGAGAGCAGGCAGAUCCAUCAGUCAAGGAAGGAAAUGGUGCAAGAUGUCACAGAGCCAGGUACAACCACUUAUGGAUGUGUACACCUCAAAGAAUCAAAAGGGACAUUGAUCUACAACAUUUCUUCCCUUUCCCUGACUGAUGAACAAAUAAGCGUACUGAAUAUAGGUUUGUCUUACAUAUCCCUUAGUUGGGCUAAUGUCUAUGAUGUGAUUCUAGACCUAAAAUUGUUUGCUAGAAAUGUUAUGUUGUUGAGUACUAUAUUUUUGAAUAUGCAGCAUGAUAUGACCAUUAAAAAACCUAGUACAUUUGUUCACAAACUUCAUUUGCUAUUAGAAGUCUUUUGUAAUACUUGUGAAGUGGAUAUAGUUAAAACUUUAUCUACUCCAUAUACAGCUCAUUUCUAUAAUCUGACUAAAGCAGAGUAUGCAGCAUUAAGACAACUACAAGAUGAUAAAUCUAUUCAGAUACAUCCAGCAGAUAAAGGAGGAGCAAUGGUGGUUAUGGACACUGAUUUUUAUUUUAAUAAUAUGAUGAACUUGCUAUCAGAUGUAGACACAUACAUGCGUAUAUGAAAUGAGAAUAGAAAUUUUUAUUGAACGUAUUCCCUCUACACUAUAUGAUUUUGUAAUGAUGGUGCUGUUAAACUAUGAUCUAUAUAAGCAUUUUAGUUGAUAAUCCAGUUGUUCCAGCCUUUAUAUGGUCUCCUGAAAGUGCCCAAAGAUUGGUUAUGACCAUCCAUGAGACCUGUUGUUUCAGGCUAUAGGGUUUAACUGAGCCAAUCUCCAUAUAUGUGGACAAAAAAUGAGACUGGUGUUGAAUAGAGCACCAUCAGUUCUGAGAGACACCAAAGACUUUCUGAAUUCUCUUUCUGAAUAAAUUAUGAGCUCUUCAAGUGCCUCUGACUGUCUUUUAAUCACAGUGGAUGUGUGCUCUCUCUU